UUUGGUUUCAUUGGUCAGGGAGAAGUUCACGGGAUCAGUUCUUUAGAAAAUAAGCUGUGCAAUGGGUUCAUUAUUGAGAAUCAUAGGAGAGUUUAGAAAACUUCAAUUGAUAUUAUGCCUCUGGGUGCUCGUAACUCGAAAUAUAACACUGGCACAAGGUAAUCAUCAAUACAAUGGUUAUAAUAAUCCAGGGCACAAUGGUCAACAAAGCUGGGCACUAAAUCACGCACAACAAUCGCAACCUCGGUAUUUUAUUUGCAAUAACUUUAAAACCAUGUUCCAUUGUAAAACAGGGAAAAUAUAUUAUAAAACAAUUUCAUCGUUUUAAACUCAUUUUUUAGAACAGCACACAAUGGUGUCAAGAAUCAGAGUUUUAUUAUAUGAUUGAAAAAAAAAACCUUCAAAUUACUGAUGAUUCAAUUUCAGAAUAUGGACAACAUAUUGCUGAACAACCGAGGCAAUUUUACUGCUUUUCACAAACCCGUAAUUAUGACUGCACCUUUCGCGAAGUUGUUCUAGAUUACAACUCUGUGGCUCCCAUUUUUGGCAACCCACAGUACACACAAUACAAGAAAAGUGUAACGUUCGUUGACUCGCGCAUGGAGUACCUCCCGAAAAGCUUAAUGGACGCUUUCCCGAACAUGAACACUUUGGACGCAAGUUCUCUCCAAAUUCGUUCCCUACAACCAGCGGCAUUUGAAUUUUCAAACAAACUAGAAAGGUUGUAUUUAGCUGAUAAUUUGAUCGAGCAAAUUGUGCGAGAAUCAUUCUACGGAGCACCUAGCGUUGCCGUACUAGCUCUGGAGCGGAACAGAAUCAACUAUUUUGAAUAUUAUGCCUUAGGUAAUAUGAGAAAUCUUAGAGCCUUGUACAUAAGUUCAAACGAGAUCCCCAGCUUGCCCGGUUUGAGCAACAGUCUCAAUCUAGAAAUUGUAAACGCUUCCCACAACUCACUCACUCAAAUCGAUGAGAAUCACUUUUCUGGCAAUUUAGAAUUGCGACAACUCGAUUUGUCCUUCAACCAACUAACAUUUUUCAACAUGCGGCAGCUUCAUGCCAUAACCAAACUAAUUUCAGUUGAUGUUAGUUCGAAUCAAUUAAGAGAGUUGGUAAUUCCAACCCACGUGCUUAAACUGUUUGCCAUCAAUAAUUCAAUCGAACAGGUGUCCACACAUCUACAACGAUGUUUCGUACAGGAACUGAGUCUUGCACAAAACAAGUUGCGUCAACAACCUGAUCUUAGCGUUUGUGGAAGUUUGAAUAUGUUGGAUUUAUCUUACAAUUUGUUGGAAAGUUUCAACUUUGGAUCGCUGCAAUCGAUGCCCUAUUUAACGCAUGUAUAUUUAAGAAAUAAUCACUUACUUCAAAUUGAUCUUCCCACUGAGUUUUACUAUCCAUUACCGAUAACAUCUCUUGAUUUAUCAUCCAACAUGCUCAGCAUCGUUUCCAACGCUAAUAUCCUUAGAAAAUUAGACCAACUUUACUUACAUAACAACAAAUUGGAAAAGUUUGAUUUCCUUAACAAGCCCAACUUGAAAUCUCUAACUUUAUCAUACAAUCAAUGGGAUUGUGCUGCGUUGGAUGGAAUUACAUUUAAUAUAAUGGAUCGACAGCGAGAGCAAUGCACCAGUUCUCAUAAUCGUGGUAUUUGCUGCCAAAGUAGUGAUGCAGAAAAUUCGCAAAAUUUGCAUAAAAUUAAAGAUUUGAUCAGGGAAGCUUCGAUUCAUGAGCUGCAAAACAAAAAAUCAACCGAUGAAUAUUGUCGAUCGCAAAUUCAGCAGCAACUCGCCAUGAACGAAAUGAACAACAGAGUAGCGACUAUUUCAACCUUGGAAGCAUCCAAAGAGCCUCUUCUACAGGAAAUGUCUCAGGUUCAAGAUGAUUUGAACCAACUCGAUAAUCAGAUCGCCGAUAGCCAAAGGGAAACACUCGCGAAAAACAAUCAACUUGCACUACUCGCCAAAGAAGUUGACCAAUGGAGGGCCACCUACGGCAUCGAAAAGGAAGGGCUUGUCAAUGCUAGGGAGGUUCUGCGUAGAAUCGUAACGUUUUUAGAAGCUAGAAAAGGAAACAGCAAUGAUUUGCUUAAACGUCGCCAAGAAGAAGUGCUUGCACGCGAAGGUGAAAAAGAAAACAAACAAACUUUGGCCAACUCAGGAGGCGUUGAUUUAGACCAACUUAAACAAUCGCUCAGCGAUCUUAAAGUUAAAGAGCAAGCUCUGAAAACGCAACGAAAUGCUCUGGCGGCUCAAGUUAACAGAAAUUCGGCCUCGAUUAGAGGUUCUUCAAACUGAUGAUCGAAAAUCAAUGACCAAAUAAAUAUAU